UAUCCAUUUUGACAUAUCGCAUUCGGCAGUAUCACUUGUUUGUCAGCAGUUCAAAAUUUUGCAGUCACUACUUAACUCCAUUCCUAAUGGCCUGCCGUCUGCUUAGUAUCCUGCAUUUGGGCAAGAACAUUCUACCCGAAAGCAAGUUGCUCCACCAAUCCUUGUAUUUUUCAAGGGGCAUGGCCAGGAAGAAGGACGAAAGCCAAGGCACAGAAAAGGGCAAGAAAACCUGUGGGAAGAACCAGUUCUUUGGCGGCUGCUUUAAGAAAUCGGAACCUUAUAGAAGGGAGAACAAGAAGGAGAAAAGCAAACGCUGUCGGGAUCCCUGCAAAGAUGGACCUUGCCGUCCCGAGAAAUAAAUUACUUUUGCGUCCCUAAAAACUGCAAUUACUACUAUCGUCACUUCCUCCUUUGGGUUUGCAUUUCCAUACGCCCCCCAUGGGCGAUUUCCGCUUUGAAAGGAAUAUACCAAGUUUGAUCAGGUACACAGAAGAUUAAACAGAUUUCUUUAAAGAUGA